AUGGAAGACCUCAUGGACGCGCAGCAAGACAUGAUGGAGGCUCAAGCAAUGAUAGCUCAUGGGGGACCUGGUGUGAUGAUGGACUAUGGCAGAAUCGGGGGUCCCCACCCCGGUGGCCUCUCAGUAGCAUCUCAGACGAUUGGCAUGAAUGGCAUGCCGCCGUACAACGUAACCGUGAUGCAGAGACCAGGACAGCCCCCAAUAGUCACUACAUCCGGUAACGGAGGCAUGAUUUCCGGAGCCGGUGGCAUCCCUGGGAUGACCAUGGGGCCGUCCGGAUGGAGCAUAGGAGGACCCUCCGGAAUCAAUAUGGGGCCUACUGACAUGAACAUUGGAGGGCCGUCAGGAAUUAGUAUGGGACCUACUGGCAUGAACAUUGGAGGGCCGUCCGGGAUCACUAUGGGAUCCGGAGCGCUCGGCACGGGUUCCUCUGGGAUGGCUGGGAUGGGUGUGCCCGGAGGAGGCGUGGGAACAUCCGGAGGAGGCAUGGGUAUGCCAGGUGGUGGAGGGAUGGGCAUGCCAGGCGGUGGAGGGAUGGGCAUGCCAGGCGGUGGAAGGAUGGGCAUGCCAGGCGGUGAAGGGAUGGGUAUGCCUGGAGGUAUGGGUAUGCCUGGAGGAGGUAUGGGUAUGCCUGGAGGAGGUAUGGGUAUGCCUGGAGGAGGUAUAGGUAUGCCUGGAGGAGGUAUAGGUAUGCCUGGAGGUAUGGGUAUGCCCGGGGGAAUGAGUAUGCCUGGAGCAGGGCCGGCCGGUCCACCAGGCAUGCUCGGAGGUCGCUCACUGCCGCAAGGCAUGGGUGGCCAAGGCGGAGGGAGGCCACCAAGCGAGACGGAGAGUGUUGAAGCUGAUGAUGAGUCCGAUGGUUGA